AAUUGAUGCUGAAACUGGGAAAGGCAGCAAGUUUCAUCUUCCUUCAGUUGACUUUUCACUUCCUAAAAUCAAAACAAAAGGUGUUGAUAUGGACAUUCAGGGACCUAACAUCAAGGGUGAUGUGUCGCAUCCUAAAAUAAAGGCUCCAGAGGUAGAUGUCAACCUCAAGGGUCCAGAGAUUGAGGGGACCCAGGUUGACAUGCCAUCUCUUGAUAUUUCACUUCCCAAAGGUAAAAUUGAGGGCAGUGUUGAUCUUGAGGGUCCAGAAGUAAACGGUGGCAAGUUUAAGGUGCCAAAAAUCGAUGUGUCCUUACCAAAGGUUAAACUUCCAGAAGGUGAUUUGAAGAUCAAGGGCCCAGACAUCAAAACUGGGAAGAUUACAAUGCCAGAUAUUGAUUUGUCACUUCCAAAAGGAAAAGUAAAGAGUGGUAUUGAAGCAGAAGGACAUUGUGCCAAAGGAGGCAAAUUCCACAUGCCCUCAAUUGACAUAAAUCUUCCUAAAAUGAAGACUAAGGGACCUGAGAUCGAUGUUGAUGGCCCUGAGAUUGAAGGGCUUGACAUAAACUUGCCUUCUCUUGAUGUUUCUCUGCCUAAAAUAAAGUCACCAGAGCUAGAUAUUAAUCAUGAAGGACCUGAUCUCAAAGAAGAAACUGUCAAAAUCCCAAGGGUUGAUGUAGAGGGUGGCAUAAAUGUUGAAGGCCCUGAUGCGAAAGGAGGAAGAUUCAAGAUGCCAAAGUUUGAUGUUUCUCUACCACAUGUGAGUGUACCAAAACUUGAAGGACCAGACAUAAAAGGAAAAAUUGAAAUGCCAACUGUUGACAUUUCCCUCCCAAAAGCAAAGGCAGGUGUGGAAAUUGAUGCUGAAACUGGGAAAGGCAGCAAGUUUCAUCUUCCUUCAGUUGACUUUUCACUUCCUAAAAUCAAAGCAAAAGGUGUUGAUAUGGACAUUCAGGGACCUAAAAUCAAGGGUGAUGUGUCACGUCCUAAUGUAAAGGCUCCAGAGGUGGAUAUAGUUCUUAAAGGCCCUGAGAUUGGAGGGCCCCAGGUUGACUUACCAUGUGUUGAUAUUUCACUCCCCAAAGGAAAGUUUGAUGGAGAUUUUGAUGUUGAGGGUCCUGAAGUAAAGGGUGCUAAGUUUAAAAUGCCAACAAUUGAUGUUUCUUUACCAAAGAUGAGUUUCCCAGAAGGUGCUUUGAAUAUAAAAGGCCCAGACAUCAAAAAAGAGAAAACUGUAAUGCCAGAUAUUGAUUUGUCAUUUCCCAAAGUUAAAGCCAAAGGAGAAAUUGAAGUUGAAGGUCAUGAUGGGAAAGAAGGAAAAUUUCAUAUGUCUUCUAUUCCUUUGAAGGCAAAAGGACCAGAGGUUGACAUAGAAGGUCCACAAACUUCCACUGAUAUCAAGGGUACAGAUGUAAAAGGACGCAAAUUUAAAAUGCCCAAAGUUGCCAUUUCACUUCCAAAGGCAAACCUACCUGAAUGUGAUGUUCAAGUGGAAGGGCCACAAAUUAAAGGAGGAAAGAUUGAAGUACCUGCUGAUGAUAUGUCAUUUCCAGAGGGAAAUUUUGAGGAAUAUAUCAAUAUUAAAGGUCCAUCAGGAAUGGGAAAGUUUGAAAUGCCAAAAGUUGAUGUUGACAAAAAAGGUGGGAAGCUCCAGAUUCCAUCUCUUGACAUAAAUAUUCCCAAAUUAGACCUAGAUCUCAGCCUUCCUUCUGGCUCUAAAGAUAAAAGGUUCAAAAUGGAGGGUGGUGGCCUCGACGCCUCUGGAGAUUUGGAGAUGUCAGGUAUCAAAGGUGAUAUCAAACCAGCCAAGUCGGAAGUUAAGUGUGAAGACCUAAACACAGGGGGUGUAGAAGGUUCAGGUGUAUCCCUAAAAUUUCCCUCAGUCAAACUACCAACAGUUGACAUCUCAGCUCCAAAAAUGGACUUGGAUUUUGCCCUCACUAAACCUAAAGGUGAUGAUGUAGAACUGGAGCUUUUGAAAGCAGAAGGAGGAAGGCCUUCUUCAGGGGGCAGUUUUGAUCUACCUGAUGUCUCACUUAAAGUCCCUAGCUUCUCUUUGCCCAGAACUGGUGGAAAGUCAAAGAAUCGUGACUUAGAGAUAUCAGGACCCAAAGGAGAUGUUUCACUUAAUCCACCAAGUGUGGAAGGAGAGAUUAGGGCACCGUCAGUAGAGUUUGAUAGAGAUGGAAAAGUCAAAGUUAAGAAAACAAAAAUGAAAAUGCCUUCAUUUGGAAUUUUCAAAAAGGAUGCAGAUGUAUCUGUAUCUUGUCCUGAUGUUGAUGUGAAAAUGAAAAAUGGGGCAACUGACAUUCCUAAGGUAGAUUUCAAUACUGAGGGCCCAGAAGGGAAAGCAAAACAUAAAGUGAAGUUCCCAAAGUUCAAAAUCUUAUCACCAAAAAUUCAGCUUCCAGAUGGUGAAUUUGAAGUUCCAGCCAAAGGCAAGAUGCCAUCUGCUGAGCUGUCACUACCAGAAGCUAAAAUACCAGAGACAGUAGUUCUUCUCCCCAAAUCAGAAGUUGAUGUUUCAGACGCAGAUAUUAAAGGUUAUGAAGGAAACCUCAAAAUUCCCAAAAUGCCUACAAUUGAUGUUUCCAUUCCCAAAGUGGAUCUGGAUGUAUCCCUGCCAAAAGAAAAAACAGCCAAAAUUGAAGGCCCUGAUGUGGAACUUAAAGGAGGUGAAGGAAAAUUUAAAAUGCCCCAGAUUACGAUGCCAAAAGUGGAUAUUACACUUCCCAAAGGAAAAUCCAAAGAUUUCCAUGCACCAAGUGUUGAAAUGGAGGGUGAAGGAGACAAGUUUAAAAUGCCCUAUGUUAAAAUGCCCACUGUUGAAAUAACUAUACCAAAACCCAAGGCUGUCAACAUGCCCUCUGUUGAUAUUUCACUUUCCAAAGGAAGUGUUGAAAGUCAAAAUGUUGAAACAGAGAGAACUUCUGGAGAAAAAUUCAAACUCCCUCAUUGGAAAAUGCCAGAUGUUGAUAUUUCUCUGCCCAAAGGGCAUUUUGAAGCCCCAGAUUUGGAGAUCAAAGGAGAAGGUGGAAAAUUCAAGAUGCCACACGUCACUGUGCCCUCUGUUGAUAUUUCACUACCCAAAGCAAAAGUUGAAGGUCCUAAUGUUGAGGGAGAUGGAAGUGAAAAAGUCAAAAUACCAUACAUGAAAAUGCCCACAGUCGACAUAUCAACACCAAAAGGGAAGACUGACGAUUCAGAUGCUGAAAUUAAAGGAAAUGUGGGAGGAAAAUUCAAGCUGCCUCAUGUGAAAAUGCCAAAUGUUGACAUCUCUCUAACCAAAGAAAACUCCAGAAGAAAUAAAGGAAUGGAUGUAACAGUUGAGGGAGAGGGCAAUCUGUCAACAAUUCCCUCAGUAGAUCUUUCACUACCCAAAGUUAAGACUGAAGAUCGUAACACUGAAAUUAAGGUUGAAGGAGGAACAUUCAAGAUGCCAAAAGUUGAUAUAUCUCUUCCUAAAGGUAAAGGUAAAGAUAAUAAAGGGCCUGCUCUGGAAAUGGGACUCAUAGGUCCAGAUGUUGAACUUCAAAAGGGAAAAAUUUCAUGGCCAAAAGAUAAAUCAUCUGAGAUUGACUUACCGACUGGGAAGGCAGAAGGUAAACUUAAAGUACAACAAAAAGGUACACUAGGUUUGGACACAGAAGCUCAUAAAGACACUGAUUUGCAUGUGGAGUGUGAACACAAAAGUCUGAAACUGAAAGUUCCGACAAUAGAUGUAAAAGGUCCACAAGGAGACUUGGAGCUUGAUGUACGAUUGCACAGAGGAGAAGGGAAGAAGGACAAGACAAAAGUUGAAUCACCUGAUUUGGAUCUGAACACAGCAGGAACUCGCGGAAAAGUUAAGGAACCCAAAGUCAAAGGAAAAAAGUUCAAGAUUGGAUUGCCGAAAAAGAAAACUGGUAGAAAUGUAACAGUAGAUGUAAAACCAACUGGUGAAAGCACAUUAGACACCAAAGUCCAACACACUGGGCUGUCAGAUGACAAUAAACAUAUUAAUAUCCCAACAGCAGAAGUUACACUACCAAGUGUUGGUUUAAAAACCGAAACAAGGGGAGAUAUUGGGGACUCGUCUUUCAGAAAGGAAAUCAAAAUUCCCAGAAUACCAGACAUAGAGUUUGACAUUGGUACAUCACAAGAUGAAGAAGAUGACAACACAGAAAUGAACAAGAAAGUCAAGAUCCCUAAAUUUGGUGUUCCUUUGCCCUCCCUUACUUCUCCUGAAAGAACAGCAAAUAUCUAUGGACCAGAAGUGCAAUACGAAGGUCCUAAAAUGCCCAGAGUAAAGAAAGCUGUUUUUGUCCUGGUAAAGCCUGAUGAAGAUGAAGAGCCAGCUGUGAGCGCAAGUGUCCCAAAAGCAGAGAUGACAUCUGAAAUUAAAACAGAGGAUUGCAAAGGGAAGAUGCCCAAAAUCAAAAUGAAGCCAAGCUUUGGGAAAUUCAAAGAUAAAACAGCAGCAGUUGGUGAAGAAGGGGAAGAAGAGGAAACAUCAAAUGGGGAGAAAUUUAAAAUGCCUAAAGUUUCAUUUUCUUCUGGCACAUCGGGGUCAUUUGAUGUCACGCUAAAGGAAGACAGUUCAAGUCUCAACGGAGAAAAAAAUGCAAGUCCUCACAAAAGCUCCAGGGAUGAUAAAGGGAAAUUCAGUGGAAAAAUCAAGCUUCCCAAGGUGGAAUUCACCAGUCCGUACAGCAAGAUGGCUGCAGGGGCAGAGAGUGCAGGAACACGAGGUAAAAUAGGAAAGGAUUCCUCACCCAGAGAAGUUAGGGGAGAUAAAACAUCAGGUGAAAUGGUCUUUAUGAGUGAUGCACCGGGGACUUCAACACAUGUGGUGUCAUCUCAUGCCAGAACAGAAAUGCUAGACAGGGAAAGCUCAGAGUCUCCUGUUGGAUUUGAGUUCAGCUCAACAAAGAUUCAGACCUGGAGGGAGACGGAGAGCCGAGGCAAAGAGGCUGAAGAAAAGGAUUCUUCAUCCUGGUUUAAAGUACCGAAGAUAACGCUGAAGCCCCACACCUCUGGCUUUCUUCAGAUAACCCCGGAGGGUUCUCCUCAGGCCCAGCGGAGGGGUGAGGUGGGAGGCGAGGCCGACGUCUCGGGGUCUUUCUGCCUCCACUCGUCAGGGCUCCAGCUCACCACCCAGCAGACGUCUGAAGAACGCCAAGUCUCCUCCACGGAGGAGGGAACCGUCACCACGGUGACCCAGACCACCCAGACCACUCAGCGCCUGGUUACCAGUGAAACGCGAACAGGUGUAACAACAACAACAACUCGCCAAGUGACAGACUUUUAACUCCUGAGGAUCUGAGAGAAACAUUUUCAUUUUUGUUGUUGUGUUUAUUUAAUCAGGUGAGGUUGCAGUGUUUUUGUAAACUGUUGUUGAAAAAUUCUAUAUUUUAUAUUUUUAUUAGUUCAGCUAUGAUCGUGAUGAGAUAACUUUUUGUCAACCAGCAUUACUGUCAGUAUUACAGAUUUAUAUUUUAUAUUUUAUUUUUUCUUAUUUUGGCUGCUUCCUUCUAAAGGUGCUAAAGACUUGGCAACUGUUUUUACGCCGGCUGUCCUUCCUGAUGCGACCACAGACCA